AUGGCGGACACCAUCCGAACUGCCAGGUCUCCCACCAAGGUCACUUCUGCUCCCGCUAAGAAGAAGGCAGCCGGAAAGAAGCGCGUCCUCGACGAUGUUGAUUUCGAGUCCGAUGUUGGCACCGAGCUCCCCUCACCCAAACGCGCGAGGAAGGUCGAUACCAAGACCCCCGCUCGCAGAUCCAUCACCAAGCCCAAGAGUGUCAAGAAGGUCGACACCAAAGCUUCUAAGUCUGUCAACAACGAGAGCACUCCCGCUCCCCCCACGCCCGCCGCCGGCAGGAAACGCGGUCGUGCCACGACUAAUGUUGGCGAUACCACUCGGUCCAAGCGCCAGCGCGUCUUCAGUGUCGACACCAAAGACACUGACUCCACCAAGAACGCUGAAGCUCCCUCCGCCCUUCCCGCGCGCGGGACCCGUUCUGCUGUCAGGAUCUCAGCAAAGAAGGCCGCGAAUAAGGCUCUCACCCCAGCUGAGCCCACCCUAGUUCCGGAAGAGGCAGUCGACACCGUCCUAAGUGCCGAUGCCCAACCUGAUACUCCCGCCCCAAGGAGGGCCACACGUGCUUCGAAGAAGGCCGUUGCUUCGGAGGAACUUGUCGUCGCUGGUCCGUCCACGGAGCCGAAGGGGACGGUUGACACUCAGGUCACAACAGCCCUUACUCCGAGGAAGCGUAGACCGGCAACGAGUGGACAACAGAAGAUUACUACUUCGAGUCUUGCUACGACCGAACCCGUGAUGGAGCAGGAGGAGGCGGUCAUCAAGGCCGCUUCAAGUGUCGACGACCAGACCAUCACUGCUUCAACCCCGAGGAAGCGCGCUGCCUCUAAGCGUGCCACCGCCACCACCCGAACGAGGCGCGGUAGUCCGGUCAAACGUAGUCCGGUCAAGCGUGCCCCGAAAACAACGGCCCAGCUCUCUCCCAUCCCAGAGGAGAAGAUGCCUGUCAUUGACCCGGCUGCUGCUGCUGAGUCUGACCUGACUGCGCUCUUGCAGCAGGGUCCUGACACCAAGGGAAAGGGUAAGGGGAGGGCUGCUCGGAAGCAGCCGGUGCAGCGGGCGAGGAAGGCAGUGGGCAGGAAGGUUGCUGCGAAGCCUGAGGCGACAAGCAAGCUGUCCGGCGUCGAGGCUGGCAGGGAGCCAGCCAGCGAGAAGGAAGAGAAAAAGAAGGACGUAAAAGUCGCGGCUUCGUCUGAUGACAGGGAGCAGACAUAUCUCAGCCCUGCUGCUGCUGGUCCUUCGGCUGGCUCCAACUCCUACUUUACCAGCACCAAAGCGGCCGGGAAGAAGCGUGCCUGGGAGGAGGAAAAGGAGACUGAGCUAGACGAGUCGGAAUCCCGUCCCACCAAGCGUACGAAGACGUCGACGUCUGCCGGCAGAAACGGUCCAAUCCCCCAGCAGUCGGCGCGCUCUGGACCAGUCGACAGCGAAACCGGCGGUGAUGACGUCCACGACAAGGAUACCACCGCCGGCCAGGAGGAGCCCAACGACGACUCCGACAGCGCCGACGCCAAUUCCAACUGCUCCAGCUGCAGUAAUUCGAGCUCCUCCGACGACAGCUGCUCCUCCUCCUCCUCCUCCUCCGACAACGACGACAACCCCACCACCACCUACCCCCAAGGCACCUACCCCACCGCCUGCCUACAAAGCAACACCCUCUUCAACCCCCUCCAAGCCCGCGUCCCCUCCUCCCUCACCAUCACCCUGCACCUACAACACGCCGACACCGCGUCCAACCACCCCACCUCCUACCCCAUCCCCGUCCGCAUCCCCGUCCGCCUCCUCCUCCGCACCUCCAUCCGCACCCAAUCCCUCUACGCCCGCCACGGCCUCACCGCCCUGACCGCCCACAACAACACCACCAACACCAUCCACCUCCCCCCAUGGGCGACGCGCGACGCCCUCGUCGGCUACGCCAAGUACGUCUGCUCGGCGGGGAACCGCGUGGUCUUCUGCGCGGACGCGGACGCGGAUGACGCAGACGCAGACGCAGACGAUACGUGGUGGACGGCGGGGCGGGUGUUGGGGGCGUAUGCGGUGGCGGUGUGGAUGGGGGAUGGGGAUUGUUGUGAUGGGUUGGCAUCGGGGAUGGUUAGGCUUGUCAGGAGGAGCGGGGAGGAGGUUGGGCUGGGGCUGGAGCUGGAGCUGGGGGUGAGGGAGGUGGCGGGGUUUGUGGGGGCGUUGGGGGAGGUGGCGAAUGCUGGAUGGGAUGGGGGAGUGGGUGAUCAGGAGGAGAUUGAGGGGGGGAGUGGUGAUGUUGGGGGGGUUGUUGCCGCGGUGUUGGCGGAGGGGAGGCCGAUGCGGAAUCUGCUGCUCGACUUGUUGUGUGCGAGUCCUGAAAGGGCGGCGAGGACGCUGGCGGAACUCUCGGCUGCUGAGAGCGGUGGGUUCGUGCGGGACGGCGGCGGGGACGUCGGCUUCUUCGAGGAGUUGGAGGAGGCGUGCGAGAAGCGGAUCGAUGGCAGGUUGAAGAAGACGCCGCUGUUUAUGGGGCAGGAGAUGAGGUGGUGCGAGCGGUACCAUUUCCACCCGUACUGGUUCGCGCUCGACGAGGGCGAUGUGUUGUUGCCGAAGAGCGAGGGCGAGGGGUAUAUCGACCGGAACUGCCACGCGCUGAGGGCGCUGCACAAGGCGACUGGUGGGCGGGGCGAAGAGGAGCAGAUGCCCGAGACUCGUGGGAAGAAGGAACUGAUUGCGGAAGAGAAAGAGACGUUCCGGAGGUGGCAGAAGUGGCAGUUCGAGAACAGGGAGGAGGAUAUGGAAACGUACGAGCAGUGGAAGGGGAGGAUGAAGGACAGGGAGCAGUACAUGGAGCUUCUGAGGGAGAAACAGGGGGCGUCAGGCAUCAAACGCGUGGACGACUCUGCUACGCGCGUGUCCUGGAAGGAUGGGAGCUCCAGUGUCGAGGGUUCCGACUCUGAGGGCGAGAACGAGGACUGA